GAUCGACAAAGAAAGAAAGAAGAAGAAACGUCUCUCUUCUCCUCUCUAUAAGCUCCGUGACGUUUUCAAUUUGAUUUAUAGAAAUAGUAACAUGUCGAGUGAAUUUCCGGUGAGAGCUCGUGGCCGCUUGGCCGUGCUUUCGGCCCACCUCGCCGCCGCAACCAUCUCCGGGUCCUCGGAGCUCGAGCCUCAGUGCUUGUCGGCCCAGGUCCCACCUCCGGGGAACCUCCGCGGCGCUUUGACCGUCGUUGACGAGAGGACCGGUAAGCGGUACCAGGUCCAGGUCUCCGAACAAGGAACCGUCAAGGCCACUGAUCUCAAAAAGAUUAGUUCGGGGAAGAAUGAUAAGGGGCUGAAGCUGUAUGAUCCGGGAUAUCUCAACACUGCGCCGGUUCGAUCCUCGAUUUGCUAUAUUGAUGGAGACGAGGGGAUUCUUAGGUACAGAGGGUAUCCAAUUGAGGAAUUGGCUGAGAGUAGUACUUAUUUGGAAGUGGCAUAUCUCCUCAUGUAUGGGAAUUUGCCGUCUCAAAGCCAAUUAGCGGAUUGGGAAUUUGCUGUUACUCAGCAUUCAGCUGUACCACAGGGGAUUUUGGAUAUUAUACAAACAAUACCUCAUGAUGCACAUCCAAUGGGUGUACUUGUCAGCGCAAUGAGUGCUCUUUCUGUUUUUCACCCUGAUGCCAAUCCUGCCCUCAGAGGGCAAGACCUUUACCAGUCCAAACAAGUGAGAGACAAACAAAUUGCACGGAUUCUUGGGAAGGCACCAACUAUUGCAGCAGCAGCUUAUUUGAGAUUGGCAGGAAGACCCCCAGUUCUUCCAUCUAACAACCUUUCUUAUUCCGAGAACUUCUUAUACAUGCUAGACUCCUUGGGCAAUAGAUCUUAUAAACCAAAUCCCCGCCUCGCCCGAGUAUUGGACAUUCUCUUCAUACUCCACGCUGAACAUGAGAUGAAUUGCUCAACGGCUGCUGCUCGGCAUCUGGCGUCAAGUGGUGUGGAUGUUUACACUGCCCUUUCUGGAGCUGUUGGAGCUCUAUAUGGUCCUCUUCAUGGUGGAGCAAAUGAGGCUGUGCUUAAGAUGUUAAGUGAAAUUGGAUCUGUUGAGAACAUUCCAGAGUUCAUUGAGGGUGUGAAGAGCAGGAAGCGAAAGAUGUCAGGUUUUGGUCAUCGCGUGUACAAGAACUAUGAUCCUAGAGCAAAGGUCAUAAGAAAGCUGGCAGAUGAAGUAUUCUCCAUUGUUGGAAGGGAUCCACUGAUUGAGGUUGCUGUUGCUUUGGAGAAAGCUGCACUAUCUGAUGAGUAUUUUGUUAAGAGAAAGCUGUAUCCUAAUGUUGAUUUCUACUCUGGGUUGAUAUAUAGGGCAAUGGGAUUUCCAACGGAGUUCUUCCCAGUUUUAUUUGCAAUCCCUAGAAUGGCUGGUUACUUGGCACACUGGAGAGAAUCCCUGGAUGAUCCUGAUACUAAGAUUAUGAGGCCCGCACAGGUAUAUGUUGGGGAGUGGCUGCGGCACUAUAUGCCAUUGAAAGAACGGAUAGUGAGCACUGAUGCAGACAAACUGUCUCAAGUUUCUGUUUCAAACGCCUCUAAGCGUCGUUUGUCUGGAUCUGGAGUUUAGGUCUUCAAUUAUCCCAUGUAAAACAUCACAGAAAAAGGAAAAUAAGUUUCAUGAGAACUUAUGCCUAUGGUCAAAGCAGAAUGGCUGCAGACGCCUAGGUUUGGUUUCAUUUAGCUUAAAUAAGCAGACCUUGGUGUCUAUAUAUGUAUUCUUGAAAUUUCUCGACA